GAGGGUUGUCAUGGCAACCGUAAACUAUCAAGAGCACACAGAGCUGAUUUAGCAUCUUACCUGUUUUUACCCCUCCGUUUCAGACUGACUCACGCUACUUCACAUCACAUAUUACAAUGUCGGACGCAGGCUCUGAUGAGUUUGACGAUGAACGCAGCAAACUCGGGGAAUAUGAAGGAGACAGGAAUGAAGCAGGAGAGAGGCAUGGAGUCGGUAAAGCUGUUCUGCCCAACGGAGACGUUUAUCAGGGACAGUAUGAGAACGGCAAGAGACAUGGACAGGGAACAUAUCGCUUCAAGAAUGGGGCAAGAUAUAUGGGAGACUAUUACCAGAACAUGAAACAUGGACAAGGCACCUUCUACUAUCCAGAUGGGUCCAAAUAUGAAGGGUCGUGGGUUGAGGACCUGAGACAGGGUCAUGGUGUAUACACUUACCCCAACGGAGACACAUAUGACGGGCAGUGGCUGCAUCACAUGAGGCAUGGCCAGGGCAUUUACCUCUACCACGACACUGGCUCAAAGUACAAGGGCUCAUGGGUGAAUGGCAAGAUGGAGUCAGCUGGAGAAUACAUCCACUCUAACCACAGAUACCAGAGUAACUUUGUCAACAAUUAUCCGUCUGGUCCAGGGAAGUAUGUGUUUGACAUUGGGUGUGAGCAACAUGGUGAAUACCACCAAACAGAGCAGGACAGGGCUGAGGGUGAGUGGGGUGAGCUGGCCUCCACCACCGUUCUCAAGUGGAUUCCCAAGUGUAUUACUGGCCUGACGCUGUGCACUCCAGUUAAAGAGACUUCAGCCCCAGAAACAGAAAUGGCUUCAGCAGAGGAGGAGGCAGGCAACUGACUGGACUGACCGAUGUGAUCGAGCCACAAUCCUUUAUCUUUAAGCUGUUGGUUAAAAAGCAGAAUAAAAUGAAUAAAUCAGUAAA